AUGGGGGCACGUGUAGGUCGCAACCUUUGCACCUCGCUCCGCAAGGACAGGAGACCUUGUCAGCGUCUCGAAGAUGAAGGGAGCCCCAACACGACCUGUCGCGAGGCCUCCCGUGGAGGUCAAGAACAGGCCUUCGAACGGCUUCCGGCAUUCAAGAAGGGGAAUGUAAAUUCGCCGCAGCGAAUCCGUGAAGCCGACUUCGAGUUCUUGCAGUGCAUUGGGAAAGGAACCUUCGGUCGAGUCUAUUUGGUGCGGAAGAGGGAUGACACUUCCCAAAGGCUCUUGGCCAUGAAGGUGCUGCGCAAGUCCCGAAUUGGGGACUCCAGGCGCCGUGCGGAGUAUAUCAUCACCGAGCGCAAGGUGUUGAGAAGCGCCAAUCAUCCCUUCGUGGCGAGGCUAAGGUAUGCUUUUCAGUCAGCAUCGUGGCUUUACCUCCUGACAGAUUUUUUUGGCGGAGGCGAGCUCCUCGAGCACAUUCGCCGCUCAGGGCGUUUUAGCGAAGCUCAAGCUCGAUUCUUUGUGGCUGAGGUGGCCUUGGGCUUGGAGUAUCUUCACGACCGGGGAAUCUGCCACCGAGACCUGAAGCCUGAGAACGUGCUGUUGGACCUCGAGGGCCACGUCAGGCUGACGGACUUCGGGCUGGCGAAGAUGGGAUUAAGAACGGCAUUGACGUCAACGAUGUGUGGCACGCCAGAGUACCUGCCACCAGAGGUCUUUCGAAGGCAGUCCUAUGCCUGCGAGUUGGACUGGUGGUCCUUUGGUGUGCUGAUCUUCGAAAUGUUGGAGGGGCGACCUCCAUUCCGAGAUCCCAACGAGAGCAGGCUGUUCCAAAUGAUCAUGGACGGACACUUCCGCUUCGAGCAUGUCCACUCCACGGAGGCGACGUCGCUCGUUCGGCAGCUCUUGACCCCUGACCUGGCCACGAGACUCAAGUCGGCGGCCAGCGUCAAGGCGAGUCCAUGGCUUACCAGCAUCGACUGGGAAUCGGCUCUGAACCUGGGGCUACAACCUCCUUUCAGGCCCUCAGCCAGCAUGAGAUGCUGCUCACCUAGACUGAGGCCAUCAUCCCCCGACGUGACAUCUCUUGGUUUUCACAUUCAGGGCUUUACGUACGUGCCAGAGACAAGAGGUCCCAUGGUGGUGGAGAAAGCUCUUCGCAAAGCUACAGCGUAG